AUGAUUUUGGAUUGUGGAUUUGAUGUGAAAUUACCCACUUUGCUAUAUUUCCACAACUUCGCUUUUCGAGACAUUGCGGCUUCGCAAACGCCUUACUUAAGUUUUAUAGGAUCUUGGAAGGCGCGACGAUUUGGAGAUUUUAGCCGCAAAAAUCCCGCUCAUUUCCAAUAUUCGAUUCCAGAUCGUGCUGCCGUACAAGCAGCCAAACAAGCCGCUCGAGCAGCUGGCCGGAUUCAGUUUCUUUUCGAGACACCCAAACAGUUUGCCAAUUUACUUAUUGUAAGAUAUUAUUCAGAUCAGCUGAUUAUUUUGCAGGUUCGUGAAGAGAAAGGUUUUCGCAUGAAUGAACAUUGGGAUUGGGAAGAUGAGGAAUCGUUAUCAAACACGACAAAUACAGUGACUAGUUAUUCAGAACGUGAACUGAGGGCUAAGAAAGAUUGA